AUGUUCGGCAGACCAUGGCUAAGACCACAAGGUGCUACGUCAACCAACAAAACCAACAACUCGAAUGUCAUCUCGAAGGCUGAGUGGGGCUUAGCAACUGGUUCUUAUGUCAGCUACACGGCCAAGGAUGAUUCAGAUUACGAAGGCAAGGUGUUCACUACCAAUGGUCUUGCUGCAUCUUUCGUUUUUUUUGACGAGGCGCACACUUACCGCGGCUCUUUAUCAAGUCCGACUCAGCCGUUCGCCCUGCUAAAAACUAUCACCGAAAAGUCAUGGGAUCCCACGGUCGCCUUCGCCAUCUCGGGCUCCAUCUCGGGCGGUGGUCCUGGCCAACUGACCAACAUCGUUGACCACAUUCUUCGAGUCAAGGGUGAACAACACGAAGGCAAGCCCAGCAUCGGCGGUAUUACCAACGUAACUGAGCUUGAAAAUAAGAAAGUUGACUGGAACUACCUGCUGCAAAAACACCAUAUUAAAUCGAUCGGCGAGUUAAUGAAGAACCUUGUCCCCCGUGUACUCAUGGCCCGUCGCAAUGUGGACACCUUUCGCGGCCAGAUUAUUGGCGAUGCCGGACGAGAAAUAGUCGUACAACACGUCGAGCAUAUGUUAGAAAACCUUUCGAUGAGAGGCACAAUGCUUGGACAGUCAACGGAAGGCGGGGUCCUGAACCUAUGCAGCACAGCUUUGAAACUCGAGUUCUUCGGUGGAGAGGGUGCCACAGCGAUGAAACUGGGCAGAAAAGGUGGUUGUAUCUGGACCCAGCUACUUCGUGCGAACGUCUACCCCAAAGUCGCUUGCCUUUAUCUGGACAAGCUCGCCACAGAGGAGGACCUUGAAUACAAUAAUAUUAAUCGCUAUGGAGAUGAGGCCUCCUUGCUUGCAGCUACCGAUGCCAGCCAAAACGACGUGCAGCGGCAGUUGGCCACAUCCCCGUUCUGGCCAUAUUGCACACAGCUCAUAAAGCAGUCUUCGAAAUUUGCCCAGCUCUGCCAAUAUAUAAAUAACAUGGUGGCAUACAGGAACCGCCGGCCCAGCGCCGGUGACGAUCCUGGCCCUGCUGAUGGCACGAACAUCCGAUAUAUGGUUGUCUUAUCUGACACGCCUGUCUCCAGCUACAUCACUUUUAUAUUACUGUGCGUCAAAUAUCCAAAAGUCAAGGUGAUACUGAUCAACGGACGCACUCGCAAGGUGGCCACUGAGAAGACACCUUGCUACGGGCGUAGAGAAAUGAUCGAAGACUUGAUGUCCGACUGCACGAAUAAAUCACGCAAUAAGAUCAUUGUCUCCACCUACCGUAUCUAUGGGACGGCGCUUAACAUGUAA